ACCACUGCCCCAUGGCAUUCGACCAGAAACAGCUGAGGUUUGCCUGAUCACAAGGGAUGAACCAAAUUUAUCAGCAGAACAGACUGAAAAUCUGUACAGGAAACUUUUAGUCCAGAAUGGGACCAGGAGUGUUAGCCAGAUCAUCUCAUACAAAACUCUCAAAAAAGAGUACAAACUGUUUGAAGCAAAGCGUCGCCUCCUGAACAGGUUUGAUCUCUUUCUGUCUGAUGAGCGGAUUCGAAGGCUCUUGCCCUCACAUCUAGGGAAACACUUCUAUGAGAGGAAAAAGGUACCUUUAUCUGUAAACCUGAAAGCCAAAAAUCUUGCUAAGGAACUACAAAAACAUAUCCAGGGGACUACGCUCCCGGUUACCAACAAAGGGUGCUGUUAUACAGCACGUAUAGGUCACACUGGCAUGAAAGCUGAUGAGAUCCUGGAGAACAUCAUUGCAGCAGCAGGGGUGAUUGCUAAGAAGUUACCAAAGAAUUGGAAAAAUGUAAAAGUUCUUCAUCUCAAAACGCUUAAAUCGGUUGCACUUCCGAUUUUUACUGCAAAUAUCUCCAAUUUGGAUGAGCUUGACAGAAACCCAUCUCUCAAAAAAAAGGAAAUAAAGAAGGGAAAGAACAAGAAGCCAAAGAAGGCAGCUAAAAAACUGAAUUCAAGUCAAGUCACUUUGACAACUGAAAGCAAUGCUGCUGCUGCUACCCAAGAGCUUGCUGUGAAAGAAAAAGCAGCAGUAGUCCAAGGAGCAGGUGAUGAUGAUGAUGAAGAAAUUCCACAACUGGUGCCUCUGCAAACAACCACCUUAACUGAGCUGAAGAAAGUGGAACCAAGUCCAGAAAAAGGUGACAAUGUGAGCAAGAAAACUAAAACACUCCUCAGUAAGAGAAAGAAACAGCCUCUAGCUCUGGAGACUCCAAAAACAAACAAAGUUAUAGAAGAGUGUGCAGACUUGCAGACAUCACCAAAACAGAAAAAAGCCAAGCAGCUCAGCAUGCUGAAGGAAGCAAAGAAAGAAAAAGAAAUUAAAAAGACUCCCAAAAAGCCUGAAGCAAAGUCUUUUCCAACAUCCAAAGCUGGCAAAUCACUACAGCCAGCCAAGAAGUUUUCAAAAAUGCCAAAGCAGACACCCCAGAAAGUGCACAGGCCACAACCCAUCUUCAACCCCUCUGACGCCUGGCAGAAGAGCCGGCUGCGCCAGCCGCCCAGACGAGCCUGGGGAGAGAGGAAGGGGCCUGUCGGGGGCGUCCGGCACCGCUGGCGGGACGAGGCUAGCGGCAGGAACCGGGUCGCGGCAAACGAGGCCUCAGCCACC